UCAGAACUUUCAAAGAGACAACAAUGGGCCAAUCUUGUUUCUUCAAAGUUCUUCUUGUUUCCUCUCUGAUACUACUAAUCUUCUUCUCCACCGCCAUGGGGAGAAACUUGAAAACUGCAAAGUUGUCAGGAGUUUACAAUACUGCUGAGCUAUUUCCUUCCAGGGAGGAAGACAUUGUGAGGAAGACGAUAGAGCUGAUGGAUUACUCGCCGCCGAAGUCUAACACCAAUUGGAGUGGUUUCGUCGCCUCUCCUCCUCCCCAGUCUCCUCCACUUUCAUAACUUCAGAAAAAUAUAAUUUGAUUUAAAGUUUUUUUUCGAAAACAAAAUGGUUUGGCGACUGAUAAUAUUGCAAUAAUACCAAUAUGUAAAAGUUAAGCUCUACUAUCUCUCUUUGCCCAAAAAAAAAAAAAAAAAAAAGCUCUACUAUCUCAAUUGUGGAACUAGUUCAAAUUGUAACGAUAUUUGUUUGAUAUCAUUGGUGGACAAUGACUUUUGUUAUUGAAAAUCUUUUUUAUU